AUGUCACUUAAAAUUCAAUUUGUAAAAUGCAUAUUGUGUGUUAUUUUAUAUAUUAUAAUUUACGUUAUUUUAUUAAGAUUAAAACAAAAUUCUUAUUUAACACAAUAUUCAAGUUCAUUGUUUUUUGCAAAUAAUCAAACAAAGCAAGAAUGUUCUUUAGUUUCUCAAUCUAUUGUAAAACCAAUUAAUUUGGAGAUAGAACUUUUAGAGUAUGAUGAAAUGAAAGGAGAAUCAAUUAAUUUGCAAGAAAGUGCAACAAUGUUGCAACAAAUUUCAAAUGUAUGUAUAAAAUAUAAUUUAAAAACUCCUUUAAUAAGAAAGCAUUUUUUAUAUAAUUCUGAACAUAAAACAAUGUAUUGUUGGAUUCGAAAAGUAGCUUCAACAAGUUUCACAAAAUUAUUUGCAGAUUUAAAAAAUCGUCUAGCCACACAAAAUUAUUAUAGACAAAUUGACAUUUUGGUACCACAAACAUUAAAGGAAUUACAAUUUAUAUCAAAUAACACAAAAAUAUUCAAACUUCUCGUGGUACGACAUCCUUUUCAAAGACUUGUAUCAUCAUAUAGAGAUCGAAUAGCAGAUAAUACAAAAUAUACUGCACAAGCUUGGAUUUAUACAGAAAAAAUAUUUCGUUUUACGAGACCUGAAUUAUUUCAUUCGAAUACGACAAUUGGUAAUUUUCGAGAAAGAGUAUUUACAUCUGAUAAAAGAUUAAAGAUAAUACCAACUUUUAAAGAAUUUUUGGAAUGGCUUUUACAAAGUUCUGAAGAAGAUGUUCAUUGGAUUCAAUAUUAUAAACAUUGCGCUAUAUGUAAUAUACGAUAUAAUUUCGUUUUAAAGUUAGAUGAUUAUACAUAUGGACAAAUAAAUUAUAUUUUUUCUAAAUUUGGUUUGGAUAAAAAUAAAGUAUAUUUUCCCAAGUUAGAGGAAACACGAGGUGGAUAUACAAACUUCGAUACUACAUGUAAAUAUUUUGCAAAUUUAACACAAGAUAUAGUUUUGAAAUUAUAUGAAAAAUAUAAAAUUGAUUUCGAAAUGUAUAAUUAUAAUGUUAAUCAAUAUAUAAGUUGUGCAUAUAAAAAAUAUGAAAAAUUUUAA